GCGUAUCACACUAUCACGUAUGCAUGCACAUUUGCAUUCAUCCCCUGGAUCACGUUGAGUUGUUCUCUCUCUCUCUCUCUCUCUCUCUCUCUUCGUUGUCUUCCUGUUCAGAUCGGCCACAAAUUUGGAGCUUUCUUUACAGCUUCCUAUUUCCAGGAGGAGGUACGCUUGUAUUGAUCCCUCUUUUUGAGCAAAAACUGUCAUAGAGAGAAGGCUUUAGAGAUGACAAAGAGCCGGUGGAGGGAGUCGAUAAGGUGCUUGGGGAGUAGUCAUACUGAUCCAGAGAAAGAUGAACAGCUGAUGAAGACUAAACUAGGUAUAUAUUUCUCUCCAAAAAAACCACCCCUACAAUAUUAUUGGAGGCUGUGGAAUAGCGCCAUAGAGGCCAAAAGAAUGCAAAUUAGAGCUCUACUACCCGCCCAAUAUUUCUCAGAAAGCAGACCUUUGUGGUACACACGACCAGAACUCCCCAGCAGUUCGGCGUCGCUCUUUCAUAAACUUGAAGUUGACGAUAAAGUAGCAAAGAUUUUUAAGCUUUUAAAGAACAAGAACAAGCGCAAGAAAGAUGGGAACUCGACAAAAGACUCAGAACUUGUUGAACUCAUUGGUGAUUUUCACAAACAGUACCAAUCACUCUAUUUGCUUUAUGAUAAUCUCAGAGGAGAGGUAAAAGAAAAGGUUCUCAGCCUAGAAAACAAGGAGAGCUCUUUUUCUACCUCCAGCUCGGACGCAGAAUCAGAUUCAUUCUACUCAGUGGAUGAAGCAAGCACUAGAAGCAGUCCAAAACAUGACCACCUUCAGAAGGUGAGAGAUGAGUUCAAGCACAAACUCGAAACUUCAACUUCCGAAUUUGUUGACCUGAGGAAUAAAUUGAACUCCAUGACCGAAGAGAAGGAAGCUAUACAUUCGGAAUACAUGACAUCUCUAAGCAAAAUAGAAGAAUCUGAGAAUAUCAUUAAGGAGCUUAGGAACAAAGUUGAGCUAACAGAGAGCACCAAACAGAAACUAGUCGAUGAAUGCAUGCAGUUAAAGGAGAAGCUGGUUGAAAGAGAGAAUGAGUUGCUUUCUCUCACCAAAGCAGAUCAGGUUCAUGAGCCUAAAGUCCCGAACCGGAUAAAAGGAUUAGAACGGCAGAUUUCUAGCUUGAAACUAGAGCGGAAAAACUUGCGCAGCCAAAAAAGAGAUCUCGAAGAGAAGGCCAAAGCUCAAGGGAUGGAAACUAAACAACUAGGAGAGGAAAAUUCAGGACUGCAGGCACGUAUCCUUGAACUUGAAAUAACAUCCAAGGAGAAAGAAGAUGAACUUUCUGUUCUCAUGAGUAAACUCGAGGAAAGUGGCAAAAUUUCUGAUUCUAAAGUUCAGGACCUGAUCAAACGGGUUAAGGAUUUGCAACUGGAGGUGGACUCCUUGGUGACUCAGAAAGGAGAAAUAGAUGAACUGGUACUCACGAGUAAACAGCUUGAAGAGGAAAAUUCAGACCUGCAGACCUGUAUCGCAGAACUUGAACUUAUGUCAAAAGAGAAAGAGGAAACAGUUUCUGCUCUUCGGAGGAAAGUUGAGGAAAAUGAGAGUAGUUCUAAGUCUGAGAUAAAGGACUUCAUGGCACGUGCCAAGGGUUACAAAGGAAAAAUCGAUGAACUUGUGCUGAGGAGUAAACAGCUAGAAGAGGAAAAGUCAGGACUGCAGACCCGUAUCGCAGAACUUGAACUUGCAUCAAAAGAGAAAGAGGAAACAAUUUCUGCUCUUGUGAGGAAAAUCGAGGAAAAUGAGAGUAGUUCGAAGUCUGAAAUAGAGGACUUGAUGGCUCGUGCCAACAGUUUGCAAUUGGAGGUGGACACUUUGAGGAGUCAGAAAGGAAUACUGGAAGAACAAGUGGUCGUCAAGAGUAAUGAAGCAUCUAAUCAAGUUAAGGGUUUCAUGGACAAGGUCAAUGUUUUGCAACAGGAGCUUCAUUCCCUAAGCAGCCAGAAAAGUGAAUCAGAAUCGACUAUAGAGAAAGUAACACAAGAAAUAUCCGAUUUCCUUCUUCAGAUAGAAAAUUUGAGAGAAAAGUUAGAAAGGAAGACCAUGGAUUUACAGAUAAUGCUUCAAGAAAAAGAGGGUUUACAAAGGAAGGUAAAAGACCUUGAACUGAAAGUGAGUUCCAUUCGCAAACAGAAAAGUGAAGUGGAAGAGAAGAUGAGAGUAGAAAAAGAAGAGUUACAUGUUAGAGUCACUGAGUUGGAGGAAUCAUUCAGUGUGUUAGAGAACGAUUCGUCUACUCAGAUUAAGGCCUUAGGAGUAGAGUUAAAAAAUAUGCAGCAGGAAUUGGAUUCAUUACAUGCUGAGAAAACCCAACUGGAGUUGGAAACUGUAAGAGAGAAACAGGAGUUGUCGGAGAACCUAGCUCUGAUGGGGAAACAGAACAUUGAGCUAACAAGCAAGAUUUCAGAACAACAGAAAAGCCUAAAAGGCCAAGAGGAUGCUAUCAACAAGUUACAUGAAGAGCAUAACCAUAGCAAAACUCAGUACCUAAUCGCAGAAAAAAAGAUUGAAGAAACAGCGGAAGAAUUCUGCAAGAAAUUCGAAGACAGUCUACGUAUUAUGAGCAGGAGGAUCAGGGUGGCAGAACAGUUACAUUUGGAGAACAAAGACGUAUAUGUAAAAACGAAAGAGAAGUAUGAGAAAGAAAACAAGGAACUCAAUGAGAUUGUCGAAACAACUGAAUUUGCAGUUAAAAAGAUGAAGGAAAUCACACUAACAGCAAAUGAUGCAUUGUUUGGUUUAGACACAGUGGCAUUGAAAUUUGAGGAGUGCAGUGGAAACUUCAUGAACAGGAUUUCGAAGGCGUCUUGCGAAGUACUUUUCGCAAAGGACUGGGUGAAGAGGAAAAACAAUGCAAUAAAGCACGUUCAGGAGGAUGUGGACUGCUUGCUAGUGCAGCUGGAUACGAAGGAAGCGGAGGUGUUGGGACUGAGAGAGAAGGUAUGGAAGUUGGAGAAUAAGGCGAGAGAGCUCGAGAAGAUGGUGAAGGAGAAGGAGGAAGGGAUGCUGGGAAUGGGGGAGGAGAAGAGGGAGGCCAUAAGGCAGUUGUGUGUGUGGAUUGAUUAUCACCGCAGCCGCAGCGAUUAUCUGAAGAAGGUUCUCACUGAGAUGAGUGCCGUGAGGAGCCAUAGGACAUCUUAGAACGCUCUUGGUACUUUCCACUCCUAUGAUAGUUUUUCUACAUCAUGGGCCUGUUUGGUUAUCCCAUCUUAUUAUCUUCUUGUAUUUGAGGUCUAAAUCGGAUGCUAUUGUGUCUAAAUUUAAUUCAGACCCAAAAUAAGCAAACAAGUCAAGAAAGGUGCAGAGCAGACCAAACGGGCCCGGAGUCAUUAAGAAUUUGCUCAUUCUUUCAAAUUUCAUAGUUAGUAAUGCUAAGGAUACCUAGAAGUUGCUACUGAACUGAUCCAGACUGUAUUGGAAACUACAAAGCUGGUUUGUUUGGUAUGGCCUUGGUUCCUCUAUAUGUAAAUCUGGUGUUUUUUAAUAUAUUGAUCAAGUCCUGGUUAGCACAAUUUCUCUUAUUUAUCUGAUUUUUUUUUAUUUUAUUUAUAAAGAUUUGUUUUCAGUUUUUUUUUUUUUUUUUUCCAUAUAAUCAAAUGGGUGGGCUGGGGUGACGGUGUAGUUGACCCCCCGGGUGUGAGUCGGAUGACCAUAAGGGUACGCACCCGCCCUGGAAUGUUCGGAUUUGAGCCAUAGGUGACCAGCUGGGGAGGAAAUAUUUGUUCAUUACCACAUCGAGGGACCCGUCACCAGAACCCCAUCUAAUUGCAAGAGAAAAUACUUGUCCAUUACCACGUUGAGGAACCCGUCACCAGAACCCCAUUGAAAUGCAAGUUAAACAUGAGGCCUCCUCUACAACCAUCUGGUCCCAAGUCUUGAACGUGAGACUUAGUGGUGCAUAUUGUACCCUGAUAAUAACUACCUUACUAAUUUGAUGGUUUGUGUGUACAUCUUUAAAGCUUUGAUUCUCAGAGGGGCCUCAACUUCAAAUUCUAAAGUGCUAUCAACGGUUGCUCCUCCUAGGUCAUAUGUUUGAAAUCUCUAAAGUGCUAUCAACUCAAGGGGUAGUCCAUACAUGACUUUGUCUCGACUUUAAUUGGACCCUGCACAACAAGACCGUGGGAUUGGUCCCAAAAUUAUUUGAGGUGUGCGUAAGCUGCUUAAACACCCCGAGUUAAGCAAACAAAAUGUUCGAAGAAAAAAUAACGAAGCUUUUCGAAGUCCUAAACAGUAAACACAGUUACAUCAUCAAAACCUCAUCCAUGGAUAUUAUCGCAAGAUCAUAAAUUGUUCCUCGCCAUCUCCACAUUAUCAUCAAGCUCUCAAGUUUCUAAUCCAAUUGAAGGUUACAGUGGAAUCUCAUCAUUUUACUCAAAUUUACCGAGUAUGAAAACCGAGUUGCAGUCGAAUGCAAUUCCUCCAACUUCUCACCAUUGUGUAUGCAAACAACUUGAUCCCAAAAUGAACAAGUGGUUUGACAGUAAACUAAUUUGCUUGAUCAUACUCACAG